CUAUACCUGGAUUAACUUUGAACACUAGUGGCGUUUCGCCAGUGGGGUCUGUUUCUUCGGUUUCAUCUUCUGGAGCACAUUUUCCUGAUACAAUCAAAGAUGAUUGGGAAUCUGAGAAUUCAGAAGAAGAUGAAGAAACACGAGAAAAACGUAAAAAGUUUGCACAACUUCGAGCUCGCCACUAUAAUAUGAAAGAGGCCAUUCGAUUGGGUCAUAAACUUGUCGAAGAAGAACUUGAUGAGAGUGAUGGUGACGAGAAGAAUGAUCAAAAUCCUGAAGAGAAUCGAUCAAAUAAAAAGGGAAAAAAAUCAGUCGCAUUCUCAUUAAAUGAUGGAAUCCCUACAUAUACAUAUGAAAAUGAUGACGUGGAAGGUCAGGAAGAAGAGGAAGAAAAUAAUGAUGAGGCAAACGGCGUAGUUUUGAUGGAAACUUAA